CCUCUUUCUCCAUUUUCAUCUAGAAUUUCAUGUGCUGCAGACUGUGCUGAUGUUUCUUUUCUCUUCCCUCUUUUUUUUUUAAUUUUUUUUUUCAUUGAUGAAAAACAAAAACAAAAGGAACAAAAAAACGUUUCUUUGUGCAAGAAAAUUUCAUAUAAGAAUUUCCCUCUUUUCUUAAAUUUGUCUGUCAAAACCCACAUUGUUGUUCUGAUGAAAGCAGGAGAAAUGGGUCCGGAGUCGAGCUCAUCUCCAAGUGGGAAACGAAGCAGAGAUCCCGACGAUGAAGUUUAUCUGGAUAAUUUCCACUCCCAUAAACGUUACCUUAGCGAGAUAAUGGCAUCAAGUUUGAAUGGAUUGACGGUUGGGGACUCCCUACCUGAAAGUCUGAUGGAAUCUCCAGCCAGGUCUGAGAGCAUGUGUUAUCCUAGGGAUGAAAUCUCUUUGCAAUAUUCACCAAUGUCAGAAGACUCGGAGGAGUCCCGAUACUGUGACACCCCCCUAAGCGCGUAUAUGUCCCAACCUGACAGCCUGCCGACCAGUCCAGUGUCUCCUCAUAGAUAUCAAAGAUCACUCGGUGCCUUCACUCCUGCAACGCCCACCACUUCAUACUCACUUGGAUGCGCUCUCAGUACAAUUGCAUGCUCUCAGCCUCGAAAUCGUGGUUCAGACUCUGAGGGUCGGUUUCCAUCAUCGCCCAGUGAUAUAUGCCACUCAGCAGACUUAAGGAGGGCUGCACUCCUGAGGUCUGUGCAGAUGAGAGCCCAGCCACCAGGGCCACCGGCCUACGAGUUGCCAUUCAGUCAAGGGCAAGAACCCAUGCAAAAUAUAGAAGGUGAAGAGCGACCCUUCUCAUGUUUGAAGUCUUUUGUCGACGAGGGAGAAUAUCAGAACCCACGAGAGGUUCCGAAUCUAUUCAUUGAGGAGUGUUCUUCAAUAGACAUAUCAGAGCCUGAAAUUGGCCGAGAAAAGUCUUGUAGAGUUUUGAACAUGAACGUGAAAGGAGAGGUAUCUGAAGAGGAUGUCCAAGUCCUAGGAGAAAAUGGGAUAGGAAGAGCGGCUUUGAUGUCAUCUAGGAGAUCUGCUCUAGGUGUGGACGCUAAAGCUUGUGAACAUUUCAAGUAAUGGAGCAAUGUUUACCCCGAGCGUUCAGCGUUGUUUUGCAGAAUGGUAGGGAACUAGUGAUGAAUAUGGAUGAGCUUGACAUAUCUGUCCACUGAAUGAAUGUUGUUUUCAAUGUCUAAGUUGUACGAAACAGACUAACCACCAUCGUCUUGCCCUGGGCGGUUCUAUUCCGAGUAGAAUUUCCAAAUUUAGCUAAUUCUAAGGUAGUCUCAACUCUCGAAACCAGUGUGCCUCUGUUCUAGGGGGUUAGUUUCUCCUUCUGGGUGGCAUUCUGAUCACUGAUGAAGCAAAUUGGUGUUGUACAUCUACAUCUACAUGUGAACCAUUGCUUCAAUUUUUUCAUUACA